AGGAGGAAACAGUUUUCUCGUUUAUCAGAAAGCGUAAGGAUAGUUGAUCAUGCCUGAACCAGCCAAGUCCGCUCCAGCCCCGAAGAAAGGCUCCAAGAAAGCGGUGACCAAGACCCAGAAGAAAGAUGGAAAGAAGCGCAGGAAGACGAGGAAGGAGAGUUACGCCAUUUACGUGUACAAGGUACUGAAGCAGGUGCACCCCGAUACCGGCAUCUCCUCCAAGGCCAUGAGCAUCAUGAACUCCUUUGUCAACGAUGUGUUUGAGCGCAUCGCAGGGGAAGCCUCCCGCCUGGCUCAUUACAACAAGCGCUCCACCAUCACCUCCCGGGAGAUCCAGACCGCGGUCCGCCUGCUGCUGCCUGGGGAGCUGGCCAAACACGCCGUGUCCGAGGGCACCAAGGCUGUCACCAAGUACACCAGCGCCAAGUAACUGCUGCCCCAUCUCCUGCCCUACUCCCAGCAACACAAAGGCUCUUCUCAGAGCCACUCACAUUAUCUAAACACGGCUGUGUGACACAUACGGGUAAAUCUGAGUACUGAUUCGCUCAUAAACCCAAAGGCUCUUCUCAGAGCCACUCA